AUGGGAAUAAGAUUAAUUCUCCUGCUUGGACUUCUAAUAGGAGUGCUCUAUUGUCUUCAUAUUCUCGCUCAAGACUAUCAAGCUAUAUCAGCUCCUAAACUGCUUCGUUUUCUCUUCAAGCGAGAUAUAAACUCUACUGGAUCUAAGCCUACAGUGAGAUGGAAAAAGAUAUUAAAGUAUGACCCAAUACAAUGUGCCCGGUACCUCUAUUGUGAUCUAGGGGCACGUCUGCCAGACAAUGAGCUGAGACGAGGCUUCAUCUACAUGCUGACCUUAGGCGUCAAAGAAGAGGAUAAAAUAGCUCAAGAGGUGUUCAAGACUGCAUACUACGAAGGAAAGUUAUAUCGUUCAGAAUAUUGCGCCAAGACAUAUUGGAUGUGUCCAUUUAAAGCUUCCAUGUUGCUUGAUUUGGUGCGCUACUUGUUACAAAAAAGUGAUCAUGAGAAUGCA